AUGACUACCACUCCAGCAUUUACGAUGGUCUCCAAGAGGAAACGAGUUGUUAAGCUAUGCUGCCUCGGAGUACUGUUUCUAACGUUAGCGUAUGCAAUUAUUGUGAUCGAUCCCACCGAAGUGAUUGUUGAAGAUAAACUGUCCAUGUAUGAAGGAUCCUACCUAAACCGCUUAUGGAAGAAACCGCCAUUAGCAGUUUUCAUCAGCAUUUACGUGUUCAACGUUACUAACCCGGAGGCAUUUAUGCGUGGGGAGGAGCGUUUGCGCUUGCAGGAAGUAGGACCGUACGUGUACCAGGAGUUUUUGGAACAUCGCAACUCAACCUUCAACCCGAACGGUACGCUUAGUUUUGUACCUGUUCGUCGUCAAGUGUUUGUACCAGAACGAUCCGUCGGAGAUCCGAUGGAAGAUCGGAUUAUGAUACCGAACAUAGCAUUGCUCGGUGUGUCCAGUGCAGCCUAUCGCAUGUCCACUUUUGCCGCAUUUGCAGUAGCUGCUGCGCUAAAACCGCUCGGAAUGUCACCGAUUCUAAACAUCUCUACACACGAUCUUCUCUGGGGCUACGACGACCCCCUAGUGAGGAUUGCCUCAACCCUACUACCGGAACUAAUACACUUUCAAAAACUGGGAAUAUUGGAUCGAAUGUUUGACGAUGGAUUCGACACGGUAACCAUCAAUUUGCCGGAGUCAGUACGCAAUCAGCAACGGGAAGCGGAGGAUAGCAUCAUUGAUGAUGAUGUAUCGGAUGAGUUGGCAGAGAGCCUACACGAAGAGUAUUACCAUGAUAUGGUAUCGAGAUCGAAUCCCGAAGAACCGAUCCGUGACUACUCUAUCGAUGUGUGGAAUGGAUCGCCUGGUCUAGCUCACUGGGGUUAUGUCGCGAAAGAUCAUUGGGACGCUGAUAGAAGAAACACACCUUGCAACACACUGCAAGGAUCGUACGAUGGGUCCGUUUUUCCUCGAAAUAUUUCCAAAACGGAGGUGUUUAAAGUGUAUCGUAAAGCAUUCUGUCGAACCUUACCAAUUGCCUUCGAACGAGAAGGAGAAGUGGAUGGCAUCAAGGCAUAUUGGUUUUCGAUCCAGGAGAACGCUUUCGAAAGCUCCAUAGAUGAUCCAUAUACAUCGUGCUACUGUAAGAACAACCAGUGCCUUCCCAAAGGGCUGGGAGAUUUGAGUCCCUGCUGGUACAACAUACCCGUCGCAGUCUCCUUGCCGCAUUUUUACAAAAGUGAUCCAACUCUCUCGCAGGCGAUUGAUGGGUUGAGCCCAAACAAGGAAAAACACGACGCUGUUAUCAUUAUGCAACCGCAACUUGGCAUACCCAUGAAGGCAAACAUCCGCGUCCAAAUCAGUCUUUUAACGAAUGUGAGCUUCAACUCAGAGCUGAGACCGUUUCACAACACUGUCAUACCGUUGAUAUGGGCGGAAAUGUCGUUGGAAAAACUCACACCAGAGUUAAUAUUGCUGCUAAAUCUCCUGUUUGGAAUUGCGCCAUAUCUACAGACAGGAUUUGUGUGCAUACUUGCAUUACUGGGAGCCUCUUUGCUGGCGACAGCGGUGUUAUUAUUGUUAUGCUCUUCGGAAGUGGCUAGUUUUGAGUACGAUCCACGGAAAUCUAUACGAUACUCGACCGUUAAUAUGAUCCCGUACCCACUAAGAAAAGAAUUGGAAAAAUACGGAGAAGCCGAAAUAAUACGGCGUGAACCGCUGCUGAUAGAAAACGGUGCAUGA